AUGGCGAUGCUGUGCUUCUCUUAUCAGUCCCUUCUCUGGGUUUCUUCUCAGCCAUCGGUAGCGCUUCCUGCAUCCUCCCUUGGACAACUGGUGGCUAUUUCCUGCCUGUGCACCUUGGAUCCAGACCCGGAGUGCAGGCAGCGGGCAGCAGAGGCCCUCUGCCAUCUUCUGCCCAUCCUGCGGCGCCAAGAAGAGACGCUGGCACGAACAUCCAGGAACCAAACACUCAUCAUCAGAGCGCAGAAGGUCCUCAAUUCCACCGGAGGACCGGUUCCUGAAUUGUUCGUCAACAACUGCUACUCUCUGGCCAGGGUCUUUGGCGCCUUUCUCCCUGCGGAGCAGCUCUUGGAGGCCAUGUGCUUCCUGGCCGGCGACCUGGUUGUUGAGAGCAGCUUCAACCCCUUGGACAUCUCCCACCUACUGCAAGAGUUCAUCAAGCAGUUUAGCGGCAAAGCAGUAGAGGUGGAGGUGCUGCUGGAGGCCUUCUAUAAGAUCACCCAGGGGCCUACAGUGGAGGGCAGAAACAUGGCCGUCUUCGCUUUGUCCAUCUUAUCACACCAGCGCCUGGAGAAAGUGGCUGAAUACCUCCUCCAGUUUCCCUUCAGAGACUGCGAGAGAGUAUGGAAGGAGGUUUUGACAUCGGCCGACCAAGAACAACUGCUCCAUCUCAUGGCCGAGCAGCUUUACCAAAGCCCCUUGGCGGAAUCUCCCACCCAAGUGCAACAUCUCACCAGCGUGUUGCACGCCAUCCUCAGGAUGGAGGAAUACAAGGCAGCUGUGCGCAGGAACUUCCCACAGCUGCUGAUCGCUCUCCUGGGGAUGGUUGUCAACUUCCACUACGACCAGGAAUUCCUCGGAGGGGCUAAGGAAGUUCUGCACCUCUUUCUCGCCACCACUGGAGCGCAAGUAGAGGCGGCCAUCGUUGACCAACUUCUCUGCCCAGAGAAUUUCAGCCAGGGGUUGUCUGCCAUGGUGAGAGCUGUCGGAAAACAACGCUGGUGGAUCCCUCCCAUGGUGAAAAACAUCACGGCUGCUCUCGAGAACCAGGAUUUUGCCGGAGUGCCACAAGUAGCGGCAGCUAUCUACAUCGAGCUGCUCAGCUGCCGUCUGCAGGUCUAUCCCUGUGAAGAGACACUGGAGCAGCUCCUCACCUGGCUGGAACAUGACCACCUGCAAGUCCGGAAGCUCAGCAUCAGAGGGCUAUCCCUACUUCUGGACUCUGACAUGGCAAGUGAUGCUCAGAGGGAGGGACGGAGGGAGGACAGAUCUGUUUCUAAUCAUGGCCCAGCACUCUUUUGCCGGCAGAAUGCUGAAGGGCCCAUGCUAAAAGCCCUUUCAGACCUUUGA